AUGAGUGGUUUCCUCUCGUACCUGGACCCCCGGCGGGUUCAUUGGGGCGCUACCUGGGUGGCGCUGCACUCGCGAAUCCUCCGCACCAAGCCCGUGGAAUCGAUGCUCGAGGACUCCACCCAGCAUGGGGCAGGUCACUCCAGGCUGGCCCAGGUGCUCACCACGGUGGAUCUGGUGUCCCUCGGAGUGGGCAGCUGUGUAGGGACCGGCAUGUACGUCGUAUCGGGACUGGUGGCCAAGGAGAUGGCAGGGCCCGGAGUGAUCGUCUCGUUCAUCAUCGCUGCAGUGGCGUCCAUCUUAUCAGGUGUGUGCUACGCCGAGUUUGGCGUCCGGGUGCCGAAGACCACUGGCUCGGCCUACACGUACAGUUAUGUGACAGUGGGGGAGUUUGUGGCCUUCUUCAUCGGCUGGAACCUGAUCCUGGAGUAUCUGAUUGGGACUGCAGCCGGCGCCAGUGCUCUGAGCAGCAUGUUUGACUCACUGGCCAACCACACCAUCAGUCACUGGAUAGUGGACGAUGUGGGCACCUUAAAUGGACUCGGGAAAGGAGAGGAGUCCUAUCCCGAUAUCCUCGCAAUGAUUAUCGCUGUCAUUGUCACGGUCAUCAUUUCCCUGGGGGUGAAGAACUCGGUGGGCUUCAACAAUGUCUUGAACAUCAUCAAUCUUGCAGCUUGGGUCUUCAUCAUGUUUGCAGGGCUGUUCUUCGUCAACAGCGCCAAUUGGGAUGGAGGAAGGUUUCUCCCCUUUGGGUGGUCUGGGGUUCUCCAAGGUGCGGCUACCUGCUUCUACGCUUUCAUUGGGUUUGAUAUCAUCGCCACAACAGGAGAGGAAGCAAAGAAUCCGAACACUUCCAUUCCCUAUGCCAUUACUGCCUCCCUUGUGAUCUGCCUGACUGCAUACGUGUCUGUCAGUGUAAUCCUGACGCUGAUGGUGCCUUAUUAUGCCAUCGACACAGAGUCGCCACUGAUGGAGAUGUUUGUUCUUCACGGGUUUCAUGCAGCCAAGUACAUUGUGGCCAUCGGAUCGGUGGCGGGAUUGACCGUCAGUCUGUUGGGUUCACUCUUCCCGAUGCCAAGAGUCAUCUAUGCUAUGGCAGAUGAUGGUCUACUCUUCAGGUUUUUAGCUCAUAUCAGUGCCUACACAGAGACGCCAGUCGUGGCCUGCAUUGUCUCGGGAUUCCUGGCAGGGCUGCUCUCUUUGCUGGUCAGCCUGCGGGACCUCAUUGAGAUGAUGUCCAUUGGGACACUGUUGGCCUACACCCUGGUGUCGGUGUGCGUCCUGUUGCUUCGUUACCAGCCCGAGAGUGACAUCGACGGCUUCGUUAAGUUCCUGUCAGAGGAGGGCACCAAGAAGAAGGAGGGAGUCCUAGCCGAGUGUGAGAAGGAGGCUGCCUCCCCCAUCAGCGAGGGUGAGGACUACACGGGCCUCGACAAGAACACGUGUGGCGCCAAGAACCUGCCAUCCUUGGGGGACAACGAGAUGCUGAUCGGGAAGGCGGACAAGUCCAGCUAUGGUGUGAAUCACCCUAAUUACGGCACCGUGGACAUGAGCUCGGGCAUUGAGGCAGACACCUCGGAGAACAUCUACCUGAUAAAGCUGAAGAAGCUGAUUGGACCCCGGUACUACACCAUGAGGAUUCGCCUUGGGCUGCCCGGCAAAAUGGACCGCCCCACCUCCAUCACCGGCCGCACUGUCACCACUUGCGUGCUACUGCUCUUCAUCCUGACAUUCGUCUUCUGCUCAUUCAUCAUCUUCGGGGAGGAGUACGUUUACCAGCAGACCUGGUGGGCUCUCCUCCUGGUCAUCCUGAUGGUCUUGCUUAUCUGCUCCCUGGUAUUCAUCAUCCUCCAGCAGCCUGAAAACCCCAAGAAGCUGCCGUACAUGGCGCCCUGUGUCCCCUUUGUGCCUGCCUUUGCCAUGUUGGUAAAUAUGUACCUCAUGCUGAAGCUCUCCAGCAUCACUUGGAUCCGCUUUGCCGUUUGGUGCUUUGUAGGCUUUCUCAUUUAUUUCGGAUAUGGGAUCUGGAACAGCAGCCUGGAGAUCGGUGCGCGGCAGGAGGCUCUGAGCCAGAGCACGUAUCAGCGCUAUGACGUGGACGACAGCUUCCCAUACCCCGAGGAGGAGGACAACCAGUGGCAGGAGGCAUGGCCCGCAGCCGAGCCGAGGGGCUACCAGUCCCAGCAGGCGAUGCCGGACAUUGUGGGCAAUCACAGGACCUACGGCAGCAAAGCCAAAGGCAAAGGGAAGCAUGGCAAGACUUCAGAGGCGCUGAUUGCAAAUGACGAGCUUGACUAUUCCCCUGAAUAG